AUGGCUGGUUUACCGCCUUUAGACUCGGCCAAAAUGCAAUUGGUACAGGAAUUAGAAAUUGAAAUGAUGUCAGACAUGUACAAUCGCAUGACGAGUGCAUGUCAUAGAAAAUGUAUUCCGCCUAAAUAUAAAGAUGCAGAACUUGGUAAAGGCGAAGCUGUUUGUCUCGAUCGCUGUAUAGCUAAAUAUCUUGACAUACACGAAAGAGUUGGAAAAAAAUUAACCGAAUUAUCAAUGCAGGAUGAUGAUUUUGUGAAAAAAUUACAAGCUGAGCAAGCGAAAUCAUAA